AUGGAUAUAUACCGAAAUGUGUAUGAACAGCAAAGUAAAUUAUUUGGUGAGACACACCCAGACACAAUAGUUACAAGAUAUCGCAUUGGUUUGUGCUUAGUAAAUCAAGGAAAAUUUGAGGAAGCUUUGAAUUACUUUAAUAAAGUUUACAGUGACCACCAAAAGUUGUUUAACAAACUUCAUCCUACAAAUAAUCCCAUAGAAAAUGGUAUAGCUAUUUGUUUACAUAAUCAGGAGAAGUAUUUUGAUGCCAUAGUUUUUUAUGAGGAAGUUCAGGAUAUGCAGAUCAAAUCUUUGCAUUCAAAACAUCCAGACACUUUGAGAACUCGAUAUAAUAUGCUGCUUUGUUCUAUCAAACAGUUGAAUAUCCGAAGUGGACCCACUGUUAUUUGGAAUAAUAUUCAAAAUGCGCUCAAUAAACUGGAAGAAAUUUACUAUGACCAACAACAUGUUUUAGGAAGGACUCAUCCUCAUACUCUCGAUACAAAAAGGAUUCUUUAUUUGAAAAUGUUGUUUAAUGAUUAUAAUAUGGCUUUGUUGCGAUACCAGGAAAUUUAUUAUGCACAGGUGAAUAUUUUAGGUGAAGAUCACACAGACACCUUAUACACCAGAAUGUAUAUUGGUAUUGUUAUAUGUUUUCUGGGUGAUGUGGAACACUCACAAGUCGUGCUAAAAGAAGUGUAUGAAAAACAAAAAUCUUCAUAUGGUGCAUCCAAUCCAUACACGAUGCACACUAAUCAAGUAAUCAAUAUAUUAUAUUGGGGACCAACUAUUGGUGUUGUGAAGUGGUUGCUAGGUAGAAUGUGGGAUUUUAUGUGGAUUUUUUUGUUUGGUUAGGUGAUCAUUCUUUGUUUUCUAAUUUUUUUUUAAUGAUGAGGUUAAAUAAAUUUCUUGUUUAACUAUUUUUGAAAAUUAAAAACGAUAGUGCUCUUAAUAAAAUGUGUUUUAAAAAUAUUUUUAAACAGUUUGCUUAUCCAAUCAUAAUGUCGUCAGAAGUUCCUUAACAAUCAAUGUGUUGAAUAAAGACAGAUUUUUUAUUGUGUAUGUUGUAUCAUCAUUUUAAUGUUGGGUUUUUUUACUUUAGUUGUGUCAGCAAUUAGCUUUCAUGAAUUGUUUUUCUUUUUAUUUUAAUUAUAUAUGAUUUCAGUAAAAUACAAAUAAAGCCAGUGCAAAAACAUGACGUUCUUAAUUUUCUGAUUAAUAAGGUAUAGAAUAUAGAAAGUAUAUAUAUAUGUAACUUAUGUAUGAUUUCAAUAGGGCUUUGUGUAAGUUUAAAACAUGUACAACAUGUAACAAACUAUACCGAUGCCAUGAGCAUUUUUAUAGAUUGUAAAUUGUUAUUUAUUGUAUAGUGUAUAUAUAUGUAACCUGUAUAUAAAUUACAUUUUUUGCGUAAGUUGAAAACAUGUUUUAUAUUAUAAAUAAUACCUCAACUUCAGCUGCAGGCCGAUCAAUAAAGGAAGAGCGAUUACUCUUGCUCAUACAGACUCACCAAAUUCUAAGAAAUGAGAGUCUACAUGAGCUAUAAAUUGCUCCCCCAAUUUCACAAAAUUUUGUCUGGCUGAGCAAUACCAAUUCAUCUUACAUGCAAAUCAAUGUUAUCUUUCUUAUUAUUUGCAUUAAAUAUAUAUAUAUAUAUAAAAAAGACAAGAUAAAAUAGAUAAAAAAGGUUUUUUUAAUAAAACAUGCGUUUAUAAACUUAUUCUAUUUAUUCAGAUUAUUCAGAUUGCUCACCCAGUCUAAAUUAUUGUAUCUUUGGGGAUCGAUUUUUUGCUUGGGUGUUAUUAUGUUAUUAAUAGGUUUGCAACUGCCUAAUUUUUGAGUCCUGUAUUUUUCAUCCUUCUAAAUUUGAUAUUUGCAUAACCUUCAGAUAAUGUAGCAACAAUCUAAAUUGAUUAAAAAAAAAGUUCAAUAAUUAGUGUGAAAAUCACUUGACUAAUAGUUAAAAUUGAUUUCUUGGCUGUCAACAAUAUUAUGUUUUGUUUUAGGUUUAUAUCAGAAAUACCUUCUUCCAUGAAAUUAAGGAGUCAAGAAAUAAACGGUCAUGAAAUUAACACGGUUCAAUGGAAUUAUGUUGAAUAAUGCAUUCAAUUAACGUGGUUGAACAAGGUUGUUUUCAAAAAAUUUUAUAAAACAAUGCUAAAAACAUUAUUUAUAUACAUAGGAAUGGUACAAUUACCUCAGAUAAAUAUCAGAAAUUCACAAAAAGUUAGGAAUGACAUUUAACUUAUUCCAUGAAAAUGAACGAUUUAACUUAUUCCAUGAAAAUAAACGAGUCAUUAACCCGGUGUUUUGAAAUUUGCAUUAAUUUGAUGACCGUUAAUUAAAUGAAGUGUUAAUUUAAAUACUGUUAUUUCAUGACUCGUUAAUUAAAAUGCUGUUAAUCUGGUGACUAUUUAUAAUUUAUAAAAGCUUAAAAAACAUAAAAAUACAAUUUUUUUUCUCCAAAUUUUCUGCUAUUUUCUCUUCAUCGGAAGAUAGCUCAAUAGCUUUUUUAGUGAUUUUUUUAAAUAGCUUUUUUAUAAUCUUUAUACUCUGAUCCAAGUGAAAAAUUAACUGAAAGCACUUUUUCUUCUAAAAUUUUUAAAUUUUUAACAUUGUCUUUCCAAGAAACGAAAACUUUUAUUUUGAUUUCCAAACAGACUUGUAAUAGAGGUGAUAGCUUCACUACCGUGGAUUUAAGAGUUGCUGUAAUUUUUGCUUCAAGUUAUAUCGCAUAUUCUCAAAUUCGCGUUAAUUGUGAUUUUGCAAAAAAUUGUAAAUGCAUUGUAAAAUAUAUUGUUGGUUUGGUGUUUUUAUGUGGUUUGUUUGUAUCUUAUUAUGAAUUUUUUUUAAAUGAAUUGUGAUUUUGCAAAAAAUUGUAAAUACAUUGUAAAAUAUAUUGUUGGUUUAGUAUUUUUAUUAUUUUUUGUCAAGAAUAACUUCUAUGCUAUCUGUA